AUGCGGCUGAGUAUAAAACUCUUUGCCGCCCUUGGCGGGUUUCUCUUUGGUUAUGAUACAAGUGUCAUCAACGGGGCCCUCUUCCAGAUUAAGGAUCGCUUUGGUUUUUCAGAACACUCCUGGAAAGCAGGUCUCAUUGUGAGCAUUGCGGUUGUGGGGGCCUUUGUGGGUGCGUUUAUCCCUGGACUUCUCGCCGUGCGCUGCGGCCGCCGCGCCUGCAUUGCCAUUGCAGAUGUGCUCUUCAUCGUUGGAUCCAUUGUCAUGUCUGCGGCAAUGAACGUGGAGAUGUUGUUUCUUGGGCGCGCCGUUGUGGGACUUGGUAUUGGCAUGUCCUCUGUCACAGUCCCUGUGUACCUGUCAGAGAUCACUUCGGCCAAAGAGCGCGGAGCCACCGUGGUGUUCAAUGGUGUUUCACUCACUGGGGCGCAAUGCGUCGCCUCAGUGGCAACAGCGCUACUUGUACAAUUUACAUCCAUCAACGUCGGCUGGCGCGUGGCUCUCGGCCUUGGUGCGUUGCCGGCAAUAAUCCAACUGGCUGGGCUCUUCAUCUUUCUACCGGAAAGUCCACGCUGGCUUCUCGUGAAAGGGGAUCGGGAACAGGCACUGAAGCUGGCACAGGAGUUUGAGGUGGACAUCUGUGAGGUCACUAACGCUGAAGACUCUGAGGACUUUGCUCCCAAUUACCGCGGCAUUUUUAAACGGGCGAUGCGGCGGCGUCUGCUCAUUGGGUGCAUGCUGCACAUCCUGCAACAGAUUUCCGGCAUCAACACCAUCAUGUACUACAGUUCCGUUAUUUUGUACGACGCCGGAUUUAAGGAUCCCAAGACUCCAGUUAUCUUGUCUAUUCCACUUGCCGGCAUAAAUGCCAUUUCCACCAUGUGCUGCCUUUUCACCGUGGAUCGCUGGGGACGGCGGAUGCUGUUGCAGAUCAGCGCGUACGCCUGCCUCGCAAUCACAAUUGCAAUGACGGGGGUCGGUUUUUCACUCGGCGACCAAGUGCCGUACGCGAUUGGAGGGUGGGUGUUUCUCUCGCUACUGUGCGUGUACCUUGUCUUCUUCGCCCCAGGCCUCGGGGCAAUGCCGUGGGUUGUUAUGGGGGAAAUCUUUCCAACCCACCUGCGCAUCACGGCGGCGUCCAUGGCAACGAUGUGCAACUGGGGCUCGAACGCCCUUGUCUCGCAGGUAUUCCCCAUCAUGAUGGGCUCGAUUGGGGUGGGAGGCACCUUCAGCGUCAUUUGCGGCUGCAUCGCCUUCGCUGCUGUAUUUAUCCAGUUUUUUGUGGUGGAGACAAAGGGACUCACGCUGGAGGAAAUUGAGGACUUAUUUGAGGCGAAGCAUGCGCGGGGGGCCGCGGGUGAAGAGGACGUCAAUAAUGCAUCCUGCAGCAUUGAGGGGAACUGUGUGGGGGGCGAAAGCCCCAAUAUGCCGGAAGACGAAAAGGAGCGUCAGCCCACCGCAUAG